GUGUCUUUAUUUGGUUUCUGUGAUUUUCUCUCUUAGAUUGCACAUUUCUCAAGGAUGGGGAUCAUCUUCAAUUUAUCUUUUGGACCCAAUGCCCCAUAGAAUGCAUGGAACAUGAACCCAAAGAAAUGGUAUCUGGCAAGAGAUCUGAACUCUUUUACGAAAAAUUAGACCAAGAGCUCUGAAAUCAGCAAAGCAAAGUCAAAGAGCAGAGCUGUUUGAGGAAUACAACAAGAGAGCAGGAUUUCAGAGUGGGAUAUCAGGUCUUUAGUGUGAAGAUACGUCAGUAUUAAACCAGGAAUCAUUGGCAGUGACAUCUGGGCACAACAAAUUGGAAAAUUAAUCAACUGUGAAGGUUGAUCAUGGAAAUCAAAGAGGAAGGAGCAUCAGAAGAAGGCCAGCACUUCCUUCCCUCACCCCAGGCAAAUGAGAGUGGGGACCUUCAGUUGACAAGUAUUCAGAAGACACCAAAUGAACCACAGUUGGAAUUCAACCUUGCAUGCAAGGAUCUGGUGGCUCCUGUCCGUGAUCGGAAGCUGAACACUCUGGUGCAGAUCUCCGUAAUCCACCCGGUGGAGCAGGGGCUGACUAGAUACUCCAGCACGGAAAUUGUGGAGGGAACAAGGGACCCACUGUUUCUGACGGGCGUCACAUUCCCAUCUGAGUAUCCCAUCUAUGAGGAGACCAAAAUAAAACUCACAGUCUAUGAUGUCAAGGAUAAAUCUCAUGAUACCGUUCGAACCAGUGUCCUACCUGAACAUAAGGAUCCCCUGCCAGAGAUUGGGCGGAGCUUCCUGGGCUAUGCCAGUUUUAAAGUGGGGGAACUACUGAGGUCAAAGGAGCAACUGCUAGCCCUGAGCCUGAGAACUUCAGAUGGUGGCAAAGUUGUUGGCACCAUAGAAGUCAGCGUUGUGAAGAUGGGGGAGAUCGAGGAUGGGGACACCGACCACAUCACGACAGAUGUGCAGGGACAAAAGUGUGCACUGGUAUGUGAAUGUUCAGCCCCAGACAGUGUGAGCGGAAAAGACAACUUACCUUUUUUGAAUGCAGUGUUGAAGAACCCGGUGUGUAAAUUAUAUAGAUUUCCCACAUCUGACAAUAAGUGGAUGCGAAUUCGGGAGCAGAUGUCAGAAAGCAUACUUUCUUUUCAUAUUCCUAAGGAAUUGAUCUCUCUUAACAUAAAAGAAGAUUUGUGUAGAAACCAGGAGCUAAAAGAACUUGGUGAACUUUCUCCACACUGGGAUAAUCUUCGGAAAAAUGUCCUCACUCACUGUGAUCAGAUGGUGAAUAUGUACCAAGACAUUCUUACCGAACUCAGCAAGGAAACAGGGUCCUCUUUCAAAUCAAGCAGCAGCAAAGGAGAGAAAACAUUAGAGUUUGUUCCAAUAAACCUGCACCUGCAGAGGAUGCACGUACACAGCCCUCACUUGAAAGACGCUCUCUAUGAUGUUAUCACUGUGGGAGCCCCAGCUGCCCAUUUUCAGGGAUUUAAGAAUGGUGGUCUUCGGAAACUACUCCACAGAUUUGAAACGGAAAGAAGAAAUACUGGAUACCAGUUUAUUUACUAUUCGCCUGAAAACACAGCCAAAGCAAAGGAAGUUCUCAGCAACAUCAAUCAACUACAACCUCUGAUAGCAACCCAUGCAGACCUACUGCUUAAUUCUGCAAGCCAGCAUUCUCCAGACAGCUUGAAGAAUUCUUUAAAGAUGCUUUCAGAAAAAACAGAGCUUUUUGUUCAUGCCUUUAAGGAUCAGCUGGUCAGAAGCGCUCUGUUAGCACUUUACACUGCCAGGCCAGGAGGUGUCCUUAAAAAGCCACCCUCCCCUAAGAACAGCACGGAGGAGAGCUGUCCCCAGGAUCCACCCCCACCGAUGAGAAGACAGGACUCCAUCCCCCAUCAUUCAGACUACGAUGAGGAAGAGUGGGACAGGGUGUGGGCCAACGUGGGGAAGAGCCUGAACUGCAUUAUCGCUAUGGUGGACAAGCUGAUCGAGAGCGAUGGUGGCACUGAAGGCAGCGGGGGCAGCAAAGACGGAGAGCAGGACCUUUCUGUGGCGGACUCCCCUCUAACCCACCCAAGGGAGGACUGGUAUGAACAGCUGUACCCCCUCAUCCUGACCCUGAAGGACAGCAUGGGGGAAGUGGUGAACCGAGCCAAGCAGUCCCUGACCUUCGUGCUCCUUCAAGAGCUGGCAUACAGCCUGCCCCAGUGUCUGAUGCUGACUCUGAGGAGGGACAUCGUCUUCAGCCAAGCACUUGCUGGAUUGGUUUGUGGUUUUAUCAUCAAAUUACACACAAGUUUGCAUGACCCCAGCUUCCUCCAGCAGCUUCACACGGUGGGAUUGAUAGUACAAUAUGAAGGACUGCUAAGCACAUACAGUGAUGAAAUAGGAAUGCUGGAGGACAUGGCUGUUGGCAUUUCAGAUUUGAAGAAAGUCGCAUUUAAAAUAAUUGAAGCCAAAUCCAAUGAUGUCUUGCCCAUUAUAACAGGGAGACGCGAACAUUACGUGGUGGAGGUGAAGCUUCCAGCGAGAAUGUUCGAGUCUCUACCUUUACAGAUUAAAGAAGGGCAGCUACUUCAUGUGUAUCCCGUACUUUUCAACGUCGGAAUCAAUGAACAGCAAACUCUUGCUGAGAGGUUUGGAGAUGUUUCUUUGCAAGAAAGUAUUAAUCAGGAAAAUUUUGAACUUCUAAAAGAAUAUUACACGAUAUUUAUGGAAAAGAUGCCUCCUGAUUACAUUUCAAAUUUUCAAGAACAAAAUGAUUUAAAAGGAUUACUAGAAAAUCUCCAUCAAAAUAUUCAAGCCAAAAAGAGGAAGAACGUAGAAAUCAUGUGGCUGGCUGCAACGAUUUGUCGAAAACUAAACGGUAUUCGUUUCACCUGUUGUAAAAGUGCCAAAGACAGGACGUCGAUGUCAGUGACGCUUGAACAAUGCUCCAUCUUGAGAGACGAGCACCAGUUGCACAAGGACUUCUUCAUCCGCGCGCUGGACUGUAUGAGAAGAGAAGGAUGCCGCAUAGAGAAUGUACUGAAGAAUAUCAAAUGCAGAAAGUAUGCUUUCAACAUGCUGCAGCUGAUGGCUUUCCCCAAGUACUACCGGCCUCCAGAGGGGACUUACGGAAAAGCCGACACCUAAGUUUACCAACAUGUAAAUAAACAGGAACACAAAUACGCUUCAGUUGGAUACUCUCUACCUUUUCUUUUCUUUUUUUAUUGUUGUGUGAAUUUGUGGAGGGAGAUAAUAAGGGAUGUUUGCCCCAACCUAGGAAUUACUUGAAUCAGUUAUUAGCAUAUGACUCUGAAAGAAAUUAUUUUAAAA